UUAAGUUCAAGAUGUAAAUAAUGCAUUUGUGCUUUUGUAUUGUGUCUCUCAUUCAGCUUCCAUUAGGUGAUGCAUUGACAGGAUUUGGUCAGUCGUGUCUUUCAAUACAUUCCCCCUUUCCUUUGCUCACUUAUUCCCCUGUCGCAGUCAUUGUACAACAGAAGACGAACACUAGACUUCUGUUCCUGUUACUCUAGAGAAUGAAAAGAUUGUUCCCGGCCUGCCAAAACGACAUGGAUUCUCCAUUCCUCUGAGAAUUCCUUCUCUUCGUCCACAAAAGUGAUAAAAACGCUCAAAAAAAAAAAACCCCGUUGAGGUACACGGUGUCCGACUUCUCAACGGAGAUCUUUCAGCUGCUAAAACCAGUGUAAAGCUCAGAGACACUGAUGCCUCACUGAGAUCUUUCUCACACCGUUUCUCACACAAUGCCUGAAUGGGGCUUAGUGGAGGAGAAGGGGAGGGGAAUCCUUUCAGUUCUUCAAAUGCAACAAUAGUCUUUGUCUACAAUGUCCCUCCAUUCUUAUUGGGGUUACCGAAGGGGGACGGGGUGGAGGGGCCCGGUUGCCAUGGUGACGGUGACAAAACAAGCCGGUCCCCAGAGCGAGAGAGACACACACACAGAAGCAUGCUUCAAAUCCGGGACGGGAUCUCUGUAUCAAUCUCUGCAGUUUAGUUAGAGGAGACGGUGUGUGCCAAAGGAGGAGGAAGAAAGAAAGGAUGGAUGGGUGGAAGAAAAGCCAGUGAAAAAUACCGGAGCGGUAUAUAAAAGAGGGACGUUUGGACCAGGACUCGUCUGGAUGAACAUGAUGAACUCCGACACUCAGUACGAGGACUCUGUGUCUGUCAUGGUUCUGGAGAACAUCAAGAACAAGCUGUUGCACGCUUUCAGAACAUCGGCAGAACCGAGAGCCUCCGCUGAGACGGAUCGAGUCACUCCUCCGAGCGGGAAGAGUUUCCAGGUCAACGAAGAGCUCCGGAGAGCCAAGAUCGAUGGAGCCAUAACUUGGUUAAGAUCAGAACUGCUGGAGAUGCGUUCUCAGGAUAGACGGCUCGCUCAGACUCUUCUGGGACUCAAUAAGGAGAUCAGAUAA